AUGGACUGCCAGGAUCAUGCCUGCGGGGCUCUGGAGACGUGCAGAGUUGUGGAUGGCGUCCGAGGCUGCUACCCUGUGACGUUUGGCACCUGCAGGGUGUUUGGCCACAUCCACUACACCACGUUCGACGGAGUCAUGUUUGAUUACCAAGGAGUUUGCAAAUACACCCUGAGCAAGUUCUGUGGGCCCCCCGGGAGCCUCCCGGACUUUGCCGUCAGAGUAGAGAAUGAGCACAGGGGCUCCAUCGCGGUGUCCUGGACACGCCUGGUGGAGCUGGAUGUCUACGGGGAGCGUAUUGCUAUGGCCACGGGACAGUACGGCCAGGUGCAGGUGAAUGGAUCCCUGGUCAAUCUUCCCUUGGUGCUUGCUUCAGGUAAAGUGUAUGCUUAUUUCAGUGGCUCGUCCUCUGUGGUUCAGACAGAUUUUGGCCUCUCUGUAUCCUAUGACUGGUUCGACUCUGUGUCGGUUUCUGUUUCUGAGGCCUAUUCUGGGUUCCUCUGUGGACUUGGUGGAGACUUCAAUGGGAACUGGAGUGAUGAUUUUCGAACUCCGAAUGGUUCUGUGGUCCAUGACCCUGUCACCUUUGGCAACAGCUGGAGGGUUGCCAAUUCCCAUUUUCACUGCACAGCCGUUGGGCUCCCCGCCCAUUGUAAUGAACGAGCCCAGUACAGAUCCCAGACCUAUUGCAGGAUCAUCGCAGACUCUGCUGGGCCUUUUAAAGUGUGUAACAAACCAGCUGAUGCUCAUGUUCACAUGAAGAACUGCAUGCAGGAUAUGUGUGCAACUCAGGGAAUCCACGAGACUCUGUGUCAAGUGCUUCGCAGUUAUGCUCAGCAGUGUCAAAGUCGGAGCAUUGCCAUUAAGCCAUGGAGACAGCAGGCUGCGUGUGAGUUAAUCUGCCCCCCCAACAGCCACUAUGAGCUCUGUGGACCUUCCUGCCCGGCCUCUUGUGCCCACCCAGCUGUGCCCUCCCGCUGCCGGACUGCAUGCCAAGAAGGGUGCCAGUGUGACCCUGGCUUUGUGCUGAGUGGCACUGACUGCGUGCCUCGGGAGCAGUGCGGCUGCACCCACAAUGGCAGAUAUCACCUGGCGGGGGAAAGCUUCUGGGAAGGAGAAAAUUGCCAGAGAUUGUGCAGGUGCAAUGGCUCCUCCCACGCUGUCCAGUGCUCCAGCGCUGCCUGUGCUCCCGGGGAAUCCUGUGGCACUCGCCGGGGGGUUUAUGGCUGCCACGAGAGAACCAACGGCAUCUGCUGGGCGUCUGGGCUGCCCCACUACACUACGUUUGACGGCAAGCGCUACGACUUCCAGGGCACCUGCAGAUAUGUCUUUGCUGAACUGUGUGCGGCAUCAAAGUCCUUGCCCUUCUUCAGAGUGGAAGUGAAGAAUGAAAACCUGCCCCAUGUCCCUGUGGCUGUGACGUCGGAGGUGUUUGUCCUUGUGAGCGGAGUUGAGAUCCACCUGCAGAGGGGUCAGCAUGGGACAGUCCAGGUUAACGGGGUGACUCUGAGUCUCCCAGUGCAUCUCCAGAGAAGCGGAAUCCUCGUUUAUCAGGCUGGGUUUCAUACGGUUGUGCAAGCCGACUCUGGGCUGAACGUGAGCUACGACCUGGCCCACAGCCUCUUUGUCAGCCUGCCCCCAGAGUACCGAGGCCAGACCUGCGGCCUGUGUGGGAACUUCAAUGGGGCCGCUCAGGACGACUUUGUGACCCAUAACGGCUCCCUAGGGAAGGACGCCUUCCACUUUGCUGCGGACUGGAAGUCGGAGGCUGUCCCUGGCUGUGACGAUGGCUGCCGCGAUUCCUGCCCUGUGUGUGAAGAUGAGGAGAGUCUGGUGCAGUCCAAGUCCCAGUGCUGGGUGAUCCAGGAUCCUGACGGGCCGUUCUCCUCCUGCCACUCCCAGGUUGAGCCAGGCCCCUAUCUGUCUGAUUGCAUCUUUGACCUGUGUGUGUCAGGAGGGGCUGGCAGUGCCCUAUGCGAGUCCAUUCAGACAUACGCAGCCGCCUGCCAGAGAGCCAACAUCACCAUCUCCCCUUGGAGGAGCGAGGCUUUUUGUGAUCCUCGCUGUCCAGCAAACAGUCACUACAAGCUUUGUGGGCGUCCCUGUCAGGACCUGUGUGCAGGCUUCUUUCUUGAACAUCACUGCAGCUCCCUGUGCUCUGAAGGGUGUUUCUGCAAUGACGGGUACCUGCAAAGCCGGGAGCAGUGUGUCCCGCCAGAGCAGUGUGGCUGUGAGCAUGAGGGAAUCUACUAUGGGGUUGGAGAUUUUCUCUGGCUCGCUGAUUGCACCCAAAGGUGCAGCUGUGACUCCUCUUCCACUUUCCGGUGUGUCCCAGCCAGCUGCAACCCUGGCCAGCGAUGUGCUGUGAAGGAUGGGAAGCUGGGCUGUCAGAGCCAGCUGACAACCUGCACGGUGACAGGGGACCCUCACUACUUCACUUUUGAUGGGGCUGUGGCACAUUUCCAGGGCACGUGCGCCUACGAGAUCUCCCACACCUGCAACUCCUCCCUCGACUUCUCCUUCCGCGUGGUGGCUGAGAACAGGCACCGCAGCAAUCGCCAGGUCUCCUUCGUGUCCCGGGUGGAUGUCUGGCUGAGAAGAAGGGAUCUCAAUGUUCACAUUGUCCUAGGGGACAGCAAGGCCGCCGAGGUUGGGGAUUUUCUCUGGCUCGCUGAUUGCACCCAAAGGUGCAGCUGUGACUCCUCUUCCACUUUCCGGUGUGUCCCAGCCAGCUGCAACCCUGGCCAGCGAUGUGCUGUGAAGGAUGGGAAGCUGGGCUGUCAGAGCCAGCUGACAACCUGCACGGUGACAGGGGACCCUCACUACUUCACUUUCGAUGGGGCUGUGGCACAUUUCCAGGGCACGUGCGCCUACGAGAUCUCCCACACCUGCAACUCCUCCCUCGACUUCUCCUUCCGCGUGGUGGCUGCGAACAGGAAUUUCCGGAAUCCCUGGGUCUCCUUCAUUUACCGAGUAGAACUUUGGCUCAAAACUGGUGAUUUUAAUUCCCAUGUUGUUCUCGAGCGAGGCAAAGAUGUACUGGUUAAUGGGACAAAGACCCUCAUACCAGCCCAGCUGGGUCAUGUGGCCAAUCUCACCAGGGUGAGGAACAUGGUGAUUCUGAGAGCAGACGCCAACGUGGAGAUCCAGUUUAAUGGCCGCCAUGCCUUGUUUGUCCGCGUGGGCCCAGAGUAUCGAGAACAGCUGUGUGGAAUGUGUGGGAACUUCAAUGGCGUCCGCAGGGAUGAUAAAGUCCUGCCCAGUGGAGAGAGAGCCCGGGAUGAUGCAGAAUUCGGAAAUGCCUGGACCUCUGACAUCAGCCCACCGAGGUGUGUGUGUUAUCUCUUCAUGGUCCCUUCUUUUGUCUGA